CAAUGUCUAUAGACCAUAAUCAGCGAUCGCGUGCGUGCGUUCAAAAAUAAUACACCAUUAAGUCGGUCUUGUGUACACAUAAAUCAUAAUUUUUGUCGCAUACCUAUGUAUAUAUUUUUUAUCAUAAUGUGUAGCAAUUUUAAUGAAUUAUUAGGCGACCAUAUUAUCGUUGAACACGUUUAAAUCGAUUAUCAGACUUCGGGCGGUCAAGAAGUAUAUAUUCCGACUAAUCAUAAACCAAAACAUAAUAUAAGCGCAGUUUUAAAUCGCCCCCAAGUCAGGUGUACGCGAACGCCGUGGUCGUCAAUUGGUCAAAGCGAAUCCGUACAAAAACUAUUAUCAUUGACAAAGCACUGCCCCCCAAGAGGAAUUCGGAAUACGCCGUGGUGUGUGACGCGUGCAAUCGUUUACUACUGUCGGCUCAAACCCUUUUCAUCGUUUGUUUUUCACACACGCACAUUGACAUGACCAUGGACUCUGACCAUUCACCGAUUGACCACACUGUAUAUGGAGAUUUUGCUAAAACGAUGAUGGCCCGUCCGUUUAAAAAAAAUAACGUUGAUGUGCCGAAUAUCGAGCGGGUAUUUUCUUCCUAAUGUUUCCGCGAGUUUCCCAACAAUAUGGUUAAAAGAACUGAUGCUAUUGAAACAAAGAAAACUGACAAUGUUAAACAUGAAAACACAGUUAAAUAUGGAGAAUUAAUAAUACUUGGAUAUAAUGGACAAUUAACAGCUGGUGAUCGUCGUAGACGUAGGAGUAAGUUUGUGUUAUGGAAACGUGAAGUCGCUAAUGGUAUUAAGCGUUCUAAUCAUUAUGUUGUUCCAAGUCCCCAGAAUUCACAUGCGGUUCUUGAUAAAACAAAGCAUUCCAUUUCGUAUACUUUGUCUAGAACAGAAGCUGUGGUAGUGGAGUAUAUCACUGAUGAAAACACAGAUAUGUUUCAGAUUGGACGCUCUUCUGAUACGCCAAUUGACUUUGUGGUCAUGGACACUAAUGCUGAAAAAAAUGCAGCUGCAUUGAAUGCAUCUAUGGCUGACAAUAAAAAAACGACUGCUGCAAGUACCAUAUCUAGGUUUGCUUGUCGUAUAAUUUGUGAUAGAAAUAAUACAAAUAUUGCUCGUAUAUAUGCUGCUGGAUUUGACUCGUCAAAAAAUAUUUUUUUAGGAGAAAAAGCGACCAAAUGGAAAGAUGGCGAAGAGAUAGAUGCCUUAACUACUAAUGGAGUGUUAAUAAUGCACCCAAAUGGAAAGUUUUAUGAAGGAAAUACUGAACCAGGUGUUUGGCUGGAAGUAUCUGUUUGUGGUAAAUUGUUUUCACUAAGAGGUUCCAGAUCGGCUCAGCUCAAAGGAGAUAUGGUUAAAGAUACUGAUAAUAUACUAAUGGACGGAACUCUAAUUGAUUUAUGUGGUGCUACACUCUUAUGGAGAUCAGCUGAGGGUCUUAGUAUAUCUCCCAGUCGAGAAUAUUUAAAGAAGCUCAUAGAAAAGACAAAUCGUGAACGGCCUACAUGUCCUGUUGGAUUGUAUACGUUAGUUUUUCCGCAUCACCCAGAAGAUUCUGCUCUGUCUUCUUCAGAUUUGGCUGAUGGCAAACAUCAGCCUUAUGCCUAUUUAUCCUGUGGUCAUGUCCAAGGGCGUCAUGAUUGGGGUCUUAGUAAAGACUCAAACAAUAGAACUUGUCCUAUGUGCUUAAAGAUUGGCGGUGUGGCCAAACUCAGUAUGGGAGUUGAAGCCUCAUUUUAUGUCGAGGAUAAAGACCCGCCAGAUUUAUAUGCGUUUAGUCCAUGUGGACAUGUUGCUACAGAAAAAACUGUGAAAUUUUGGGCAAAUGUAGGUAUUCCAUAUGGUACAAAUGGUUUUGAGGCAUUCUGUCCAUUUUGCGCUACAUUACUCCAAGGUUAUCCUGGCUAUAUAAAACUGAUUUUUAAUUGAUAGUAAUACUCGCAAAAUAUAUGAUAAAUUCCUUUUUAGCAUUAAUAUUUAUUCCUCCUCGACUUCAAAUAGUGUGAUAACUAAUAAUUUUUUUUUCAUUUUGCGUGAGUUAUUCUUUCUUCAUAUGUUUUGUUUGUAAUAUUCUUUUUAGUAUAACAAUUUUUUUUUUACUUGUACUUAUGUAAUUAAUUUGAUGUAUAACUAUUAAUUAUAUUGGCCUAUGUUAAUUAAUGUUACUAUUUUGUGACUAAGUUUUUCAGUCGAAUAGUUAUUUUCCUUUGUUUUUGAUUAUAUAUUACUAUUAUUAUUGUCAUUUACUAUCUAUUACAGCCUUAGUAAUAAAUAUGUUAUAUGUAUCUUGAAAGAUUCAAGAAAAUGUGAUUUUUUUUGCUAAAUUAAGUGGCAGUUAAAAAUAGUGACAAUCUAAAAAAA